CCGGCGAAAACUCAUCAACUUAUUCAACUUAUUCCUAAGCCAACAACACCUAACGAAAAUAAGAUCAAAUCAAGUCUUACUUAACAACGUAGAUUUCCUUCUUCUUUUCUUUUCUUUUUUUUUUCUUUAAAAUCAAUUCGUAAAUGUCUGCGCAAUAUGGCCGAAAGCAGCGACGACGAACAAAUAACCCUCUCGUCCCACGCUCUCGCAGCGCUGCAGGAGUUCUACGGAGAGCGCGAUGCACACGUCGACAAGUUUGAGAAGCUGAAGGCGGUGGCUGAGGACGAACGUGUCAUCUCGCAGCCGCUGUCUAUGGAUGCGUUUACCGAGGACUGGAAUAAGUCGCAGUUCUGGUACUCGGACGAGACGGCUAUUCUGUAUGCGAAGCAGCUUCUAGAUGGCAUACGCGAGGACGAGGUUGUUGCUGUGGUAUCAGUGCCUACCGUGUUUAUUGCGCUGAAGAAUCUGUUGAACGCAGCAGACGCCGACACCCCCAAGCCAAAGAAAGUCGUCUUCCUCGAGCACGACCAGCGCUUCUCCGUCUUCCCCGAGUUCGUAUUCUACGACUUCCUGCACCCUAUCAAGCUUCCCGCAGAACUAAAAGGCAGCGCCGACCGCAUCAUAUGCGACCCCCCUUUUCUCAGCGAGGACUGCCAGACCAAAAUGGCUCUAACCAUCCGCUGGAUGUCCCGGUCGCGCCCGCGCCUCAUAGUCACCACGGGCGAGCGCAUGGAGCCGCUAAUAACGAAGCUAUACCGGUCCCUCGGCGCGCAGACCACUACGUACGAGCCGGUGCACACGCGCGGGCUUAGCAACGAGUUCUACUGCUAUGCCAACUUUGAGUGUGACGCGUGGAGCUUCAAGGGGGCCAAGUGAAGACGGGCACGAGAGAUCGAUUGAUGCUUCAAGACGGACGUAUGUAGUUAGUUAGUUUAACCAAUUGCCUUUGUCUGUCCACCAAUGUUUCCCUCUCGUCUUCAUUUUUUUUUUAAAAAAAAAAAAAAAAUAGAUAUCGCGUAAAUACCA